GGUCUUUCGCGGUGGUUAGUCGUUCCUGUCAGGAGUUUAGCUUGGCUUUUUCCCGUUUUUGUGGACCAUAAUGGAGCUUCUUAAAUGUGAGUGGGGCUCUUGCGAAGAGAAGUUUGCUUCUCCUGAUUUUCCUGAGUUUAGAGAGCACGUUGAAAGCCAUUUGAUGGAAAUUUUCCCAAAAUAUCAUCGAGGUUUCUCCGAAGACACGAUCCCUGAUAACUUCGCUUGCAGUUGGCGAGAAUGUGGCUGGGAUUCGCCGAUGGAUGCUGGCGAUCUGAUCCGCCAUGUUUUCUUCCAUGUUUUUCACACAAGAAUAAAGCUUGAAGGCUUUAAAAAGCAACAAGAAAUGAAACUAGCGCCGUGUGCUUUGGACGGUCAGAGUCGUAAUCUCAUCCCCGAAAACCCGGAGCCGUUUCUGUGCGAGUGGAAGGAAUGUAAUGUUAUAUUUAACUGCCCGACGUUGUUUUACCGGCAUGUAGAUAGUCAUGCUAUGGCUGUGGACAAAACUUUAGUGGAAGUAAGUGAAGAUGGAAGAAAAAAAUUCUCUGUAAGGUGCCAAUGGGAAUAUAAUCCCGGGGAAGGUAAGCUAAGGAAUGAGUAAGCUUAAGCUUAAUUAUUUGUUACGGACAAUGCCAUCCUGUUUCUCUCGUGGCCGCCUCCUUUCUCUUCUCUCUACACAGGAAGGAGGAUGGUAUUCUUGUUUGACGCCAUGAAAAUUCGCCUCCAGCGAGUUUACCCCACAAAUUUAAUUGUGGUUAAAAGAUCUUUUUGUGAGUUUUGGAUACUUCCAACAAGCUAUAUGUACCAAGGAAAAGACUUUUGUAGGAAGGAUGAAAAAUAGACUAUAAGAAGUCCAUCACUUUUCUUAGAGAUGGUAGAGCAAGCAAAAUGCAUGACCACAUUUGAAAAUCACCACCCAUGAGAAAGCUAAAGUGAUGAUUUUCAUGCGUGCUCCAGUAUGCAGAGUAUGGCAAGUGCACACACAAGCCUUUUUUGAAAAAGCUUUUUGCACACACCAAAAUCGUAGCAUUGUGUUGGGCCUACAAAGAGAUGUGAUCAGAAGCACAGUUAUGAUGUACAAAGGCUUAACAUUGGCCGAAAAUCAAAUUUUUUUAAAAAAAUACAGUAGGUGUUUCAAGUAACUCUAAUAAGCAAUAAAAAAUGACAACAUUACAAAAAAUGCCAUUUCAACAAUUUUUGAGAACAUUUUCCGCUAUUUUUCUAUUACCCAUGAUGCAUUGCGACCACGCCCUUUUUACACAAAAUAUAUUACAUCUUAAUUCCUCUGAGGGAAUUUUUAAGCAGAAAUUUCAGUUUAAAGCUACAAAUGUAUUUACAACAAAAGAAACAUGUUAACUGUGAGAAAGCCAAAGAGAAUGUUCUUAACACGUAAUAGUUUAAUGUGUUUUGAGGACGGUAAAACAAAUAGAAGUUAGUGAAAACAGGCAAAAAGUGAAGGACGUCUAUCCGCACGUGUUAUGUGUGACGCCAUGUUUUUACAGCAACCUUCACAACUCAGUGUGGAUUUAUUUUUUAUGAUAAAACAUGGUUCCCCAACCUUUAUCAGAAAAUAAUCUUUAAUACCUCUGAUAAUCAAGGAAAGUCUCAAAUGCAUUCAAUAACUGUGCGCUGAGAUAUUCAAAUAUAUUUUAUGCAGAGCGGUGAAUUUUUCUUGUGAUCAUGACAACCGUGCUACUGAUCUUUUGCACCUGACUUUCAGGGGUGUAGCCGUGAUAUUUUUUGCCAAAUCUAUCCUAACCUCUUGGUUCUCCCACUUUCCAAAUCCCUUUCUUACACUUUUGCUUUCUCAUCAGUAUGGUGAGGUUAUAUACAAAUGGAUGGACUGGCAAUUUGUCUGUAAUCUUGUUUGUAGCCUUCCUUUUAAGUGAACUGAAUGGAAAAGCAUGAACAAACUAAAGAGGUCUGGGGGCAUGCUCCCUUGGGAAAAUUUGGUAUUUAGGUCAUCUAAAACAGCUGGAAAUGCGCCUAAAUCUUGCAUCCUUUUAAUGCUGAGCCUCUCUAUGGGCAGGCACCCGUAUUCUGGUAUAAAAAAUCGUAUUGCACGCGGUGCAUGCGGCUAAAAUUGGCUCUGCAUGCAUAACAUGUCAUCGAGUUCUGCCAUACUCUGCAGACUGGCGCACACUCGCUUGCUCCACCACCACUGGAAAAUGAGGGACUAUAAUUUGGGGCCAACCUUGAAACUCAACUGCUCCCAGGAUUCAAACCGAGACCAUAUUGGUGGGAACAAGUGCUCUCAGCUCUGCACCACCCAUGCUCUCCAAGAGUUAUUGUUAUGAGUAGCUGUGGGUACACUAGCUAUUUUGCCUGCAGUUGAAAAAUGGUCUUGCCCAUUGCCCAUGGGGAAACCUCCUUUUUCUUUGAUUUGGGGGUGGGAGGGGUGGGGGGGCAAUUAGUACAUUCAGUAAAUUCCCAUGGAUCCAUUAGAAAAGAUUAUUGCCCAUUAUGGGCAUAGUUGUAAGUCCUGUGGUUUAUCAAGAAGACAACGUGGGCCAACUAAUCAAGAAAAAUGGUUAUUUUGUUUUAGGAGCAGCUUCGCAAUGGGUGCUUUUGUUGUUCAGUGAGAAUUCCCCCCACCCCUAACCGCAAGAUAAAUUAAUGUUUAGCACUUUUUAUAAAGUUUUUAUUUCAUUAACUUUUUAAAAUAUUUUUCUUUUAAGUGUGUGAUUUUUCAACUGCAAACCACUAUAAACUGAAGGAACAUUGCCGAAGCCAUACUAGAGAGAAAAUUUUUGCAUGCAAUACUUGUGGUGGAAUGUUUGCCAGCAGAACAAAGCUUGUAGACCAUUUAGUAAGACAGAAUUCAUCUGGAUGUAAGUGUGGCGUCUAUUUACAUGUAGUAUGCUAUUGUCUUAUUAAGAAUGGUAAUAGGACUGAGUGAAGUCCAUUUCAGUCUGUAAUCGUACAAGUAAUUAUUAAGGAGUCCAUUUUGUUAAUCACGAGUAUGAUUAUAGACUGAAUUGGAUGACUGGAAGUCCUGUUACCAAUAAAUUGUUAAUUGUAACCAUUACAAUUAUUUCUAAGAAAACACAUUUAUUAUUUUUUUGUGAAAGAGCUUUUAAUACCGAUAAUUUAUCCAAAAUUAGGGAAGAUACCUUUGGGAGAGACACUGUCUAGUGUUACAAAUUUUACCAUUUUGAAAAUCUCCAGUUUGGUAGGAUAAGUGGUUGUUGCUAUGGGUAUUGAAAUAAAUUCUGUGUUGGUGAAUUUAGCUGAGUGCACUUAAUAUGAUUGGCUGAUGUAACUGUCCGACGAUGAGUGUCCGAUUAAAGCCAACUGUCUUAUUACAUUGUCCCAUUACAACCCUACACCAUGAUUAGUGAAAAAUAAAACAGUUAAUGCACCAAUCAAAUUUGAGGAAAUUGUAAUGGUUAUGAUUAUACAUGUAAUCAAACUGAUUGGGUUAAAUUAGAUGGAGCAUGCUUGUGCUUGGCUUCCUACAUGUAAAUAUACCCAGUAAUACUCAAGUAUCUUGGAAUAAAGGGGGUGUAUGUUAAAGAUGUUAAGAGGUUGAGAAUGAUUUAACUUAAUCUCAUCCAGCUCUAAGUCGACGUCAUGGAAAUAUUUAGUGGUUCAAUUUUGUUUGACUUACAGUCAACUCUCUAAAUGGUGGACCGAUAUUAUAUUGUAAGACAUAUAUCAAGAUACUGUACAUUUAGAACUGUUUAUCAAGAACAAUAAUCAUUAAAAGAGAAACUGAACAACACUGAACUGGACACCACGUAGAGUUCUAAAGUGUGAUGUCAUAAAAAAAUUAAAUUUGUGAAAUUAUGGGAUUUGUUGGGAUAUUCUGAAAGACCAACAUCCAAGAGGCCUACUUGCCAAAAACUAGCAUUGUGAGGCAAGUUGUCGGUGAGAUAUUAGCUUCUUUAUGCUCUGAUGACUCCAUGCAAACGACUCAAGCUAAAUUUAGAAGGAUCUGUGUAGAGUCAUCAGAGUAUAACUGGGCCAAUAUCUUAGGGACAAUUUGCCCCGAAAUGCUAAUUUUUCGCAAGUAGGCCUCUUAGACGUUGUCCUUUCAGAAUAUCCUGAGAGAUGAACUGGACCUGAGGGCACUUAAUAUUUAAAAUCAGAGCUGGUCAACAGCCCUUUUUGCUAAAAACCCAUCUCUGCCAUGCGUUAUGUAAUUUACGAAUAGACUGACUUGGCUGGGCAGACCUGAUUAAUAGUGGAAUUCUCUUUACAACUGGACUGGUUUGGCGAACUAGUUGCGAUGAGACUUUUAAGUGUCUUUUGUGUUCAUUCUAGGGAGUUGUCCAUUUUAUAAAAUGUAGAUUUCCUACCCUAAAGAAAUCCUGGAAUUGAAAAUUUCAAACCCCAAAAAACCCUUCGAUCAUCCUCGUCACUUAGAAUCCCAAGUACCUGCUGGGGAGUUGUCUUUCAUUCAAAUUUUAUGUAUCUUUUAUUUAUAACUCCUUAAUAUUCACUAAAAUAACUUAAAGCAAAAUAAAAUUGGAAAAAGGAUAAAGUUAAAUCACAGCUCAUGAUAAAAAAUUAUGAUGACAUAAUGCUAUAUUGUUUUCUUUUUCUUGAAGAUGAAAGUUUCCAGUGCUCGCAUUGUUUAAAGCAUUGCGGCUCAGAACGCAUAUUACGAGAUCACAUGCGGCACCAUGGUAUGUAACAAAAAUAUCUCAAUAAGUAGAAACAAGUAAUGAUUCUGUAGUUGCCAUAGCACGUGCAGUUGAUUGUUCUUUGUCUAACAUAUCCUUGAUCAAAUUGGAAUUUGGAAAUUCUAGUAUAUCACAACAGGGGAAAACCAAUAUACCAGUUCUCAAAGUAAUGAUUAAAAAUACUGACAGUGUUUUUUUUUUCACUUUUUUCUCUUGUAGUUAACAAUGUGAAGUGUCAGUUUUGUGACAUGACCUGCCCAAAUGCUUCUGCUCUUAAGCAACAUGUGAAAUUCAGACAUUCAGAUGAAAGACCCUUCAAAUGUGAUGUAUGCAGUUACACGUAAGUUGUGGAUCACUGAUAUUAAAUUGCUGUCAAUAACAAUUCAUUUAUUUAAAAAAAAAUCCUUGUCUUUUCUGCAUUAGAUGGCUAACAAUUUUUAUCAAGUAGAGUAAAAGAUGGCAGUAACAAAAUCCUUUAUACUUUUUACCAUGUACAUAAUAAAAGCUUAAUGUAAUAUUAUUGUAAAAUAUUUGCUAAUUACAUUUUAAAUAUUAUAUCCUUUGAUUAAACAAUUGAACAGGCCAGCAUUCAUAUUUUGAAAUGGAGGAGUUGUCAUGUCUAAAAAUGCCACCAGUUUUGUGUUGCAACCAAUCAGACAGCAAUUUUGAACGAUGUAAGAUUUUCAAAGGUACAACAAGACUCUUGGAUGUACUUUCAACAUGAAAAAUCACAAAAGGCUGAAUGAUACUCUGCGGGAAAUUGAUUUACAUGGGAAUAGCCCAUGGUAGCAAUAACCUGGGCCUCCCCUUGCUUGCUCCCCAUUCUAACCUGGUUGUAAGACAGACUUUUAUUAAAGCAGAAGAACUCUAAACAUGUACGCAAAACCUUCACAAAUCCUACUUUACAUAGAUUAGACUAUAUCUAGAUGGAAGGUAAACUAAAAGCCUGUAAGCCCCCUGAUACCUGCACUCCACCGCAUAUGUAACAUGAUUUGCUAUAAUUUUAAAUGUGAUUAUUUGUAAAGUUUAGAUAAGAAUUCAUCUUAAUAGCUAUUUUCUCUUCAGGUGCAAGAUGCCUUCAGAUCUGGCACGCCAUCGAGAAUUCCACAAUGCAGUUUUAGCAUACCACUGUGAUGUGGAGGGCUGUAAUUUUUCUGCCAGAUCCAUGCAAACUGUAAAGAGACAUCAGAAAGUAGAACACCAGGUUAGAACUACAGUGUCAAACUCCACUUUAGGGACUCCUGGUUAAACUGGACACCUCAUUAUUACGGACGGUUUAUGGACAUUAUUACAGACCUACUUAAUAGUCCAGUUUUGAGUUCGCUAUGACCACUAAAUAAAAGAAAUGAAGACGCAUUUUUUACAGGCUUAGUCUCAAUCUGAAUAAAUAUAUUCACAUAUUUGUAAAAGAAGACCUGUUUAUUACUCUGUCUAUUGUGUAUCUUCACAUUUUAAACACUUGCUUGCUGGAAUUUGGUAAUUUUUCACUUUAUGUCGAGGCUAACCCUGUGUGAACGUGUCGAUAAUGUUUGUAUGCAGUGGUAAUUUUUAAUAGUGAAACUGGACUAUAUGGACAUCCCGUUAAUACAGACACUUUCUUUGACCCCCUUAGUGUCUGUAUCAAGUGUUAAUUUAACAGGCUUUGACUUUAAUUCUGCUAUGUCUCUCUUUUGUCUUUAUUUGCCAGUUUUAAUUUUUGAUCCAAUACAGUGUAUGCCAAACAAAAUUCUUUGUAAAAAAUACUCUUGGAAAAUUAGAAGAUCAAAGCAAUUCCUCUUGGUGAUCAUUAAGAUUCAUUGUUAAUUCUUGGAUUUUCUUCAUUGUGCUUGAUUAUGUGUGAAUAUUGUGCGACAUUUAUUGAUGUUGGUCACUCUUGGGACUUAAAGAGAAUUUUUUUAAAUCUUGUUUGAUUCUCAAUUUCCUUUGUCUUUUAGCCCUAAUUCAGUUCGUAAUAUCAGAGCUAGAGGGUAAAGGAAGUUGAGAAUCCACCUAGAUUUUAAAAAAAUAAUAACUUAAAUUUUAUUUUUAUCUAUGAGACCUAUGGUUUAAUUUGCCUGCCUGAUUGAUUUUCUCAUGAGUGCUCUGUCUCUGAACAUGUCGUACUGUAGGGCCUGGGACCCAUCACACUGAAGCCACAGUCAGGUUCAGCGGCAAUUCCAGUGAAGUGAAAUGGAAUUUGAAAAAACAACAACUUACAACAAACAAACAAACAAAAAUAAAAAAAAAAAGUAUUAUGCAUUGGGUCUAUUAUCUUUUAUUUUUUUUAGGGUAUUGAUUUAUAUCGUUAUGAGUGUCAUGUGUGUGGGCAGCGAUACACCCGAGGAUCUGGACUAACAAACCAUCUAAAGAAGAAACACAAAUUCAGCUGGCCAGCUGGUCAUCCACGCUUCAGGUUGGACAUCAACAUGCACAUUCUCUUUACUGGUUUCCAUUGUCAAAGUGCCAGGCUUUCUCUGGCUGUACUUACAUCAUCAUGCAUCCUUGAUUUUGUUCUGCAGGUUCACACACAAAAAAAUCAUUUAGUCUGGGUGAACACUGUAAAAUUUGCCAGUAUAAAAUUGUUUGAAUUGCCUUGAAUAAAAAACAGUUAUUCUCUGAAGUGGAGGUGGUGAGUGGGAGUAAUUUACCCAGCCGCGAAGCAGAAAGGUAAAUGUCCACCACCAGCCAUGGACAGUCAAACAGCCCAUCAAACAGCUGCACUGAUUUUUGCAUCAUUGUUGUUUUCAUGAUGAUUAUGAAUCUGCUCUGCAGAAUCAAAAAUAGCAAAAUUGAAAUGAGCAAUAAACUGUUGCUGUUGCUGUUGCUGAUGAUAAUGUUGUCGUUGAUAAUGAUGACAAUGAUGAUGAUGAUGAUGAUAACGAUUUGGCCUAUUGACUCCACACAGGUACAAGGAGUGUGAUGAUGGCAUAUGCCGCUUACAAACUGUACGCUUUGAAAGCCUCCACCUCUCACAGUUAUUAAAUGAGCAAGAGGGUCAAACUAACUCUCCUGUGGAUAAUGCCAGCUCUCCAGCAACUUCAGGGGGAUCCCCAGAAACAUCUGCGGUGGGAUCUCCGUGUUCGAAUGUAGAAGACCCACUUGAAGAUCAGCGUUUUCAAGAUCUCCUCGAACAAUAUGGGCUGAGUGAUAAUGGCAGUGAAACGCUAGUUAGAAAGCCAGACAGCUGCGCAGGUCCUAUUAGACACUCACCAAAAGGGAGGCCAACUAUGGUACACCCCUAUGAACGACCUGACUCACCUGAGCUUGACCUGCCUCAAGCGUUGCUUGAUCUACAUGAGGCUGCAAUCAGACUUGCAAAUGCCGAGCAGGCAAAUUGAUACUUUUUGGCACCAAAAAGUAUCAAUUUCGUAUCAAAUGUAAAAUUUUUGAAAUGGAUUGCCACAAGGCAGGGUUGUUUCUGUUUUUCUUGGCUUUCACAUGAACAGCAUCAGGAGUACUUUUACUUAAGGUUCUGUAGGGAUGUGCUGUGUAGUUUAUCAAACCACAACUGCCUUUAUGAAGAUAAAACCUUGCCACAUUUCUGCCCUUUUCAAUGCAUAAUAAUUAUCAUUGAUUUUUGCAUCUUUGGUUUGUGACAAACAAUGUGAUUUGUUUUAGAGGGCAAUUUGUAUCAUUAUAUUUUGUGGGCGAUACACGUACAUGAUUUUUGUUGAUCCCUGGUAUGUGAGGGACCAUUUGUAUAAUGGAUCCACCACUGGUUUAUUGUAUAAUUAUGCUAAAACCUUGUCUGUAAUACUAUCUAGUUAAGAACAGUCUGUAUGUAUACAGUACUUUCCUGUGUAAUGCUACACUGUAUUGUAGUUUGGAAGCAAAUUAAACCCCACACCUCUCCCCAUGGUUAGUUUUUUAAAUAGUAAUUAGUAGUUAUGAAAGAUUUUAUUCCAAAGAUCACUUUAUCAUUAAACUGAAAGUCUCCGUGUCAAAACAUUCCCCGGCCCCAUAAUAAUAUUUUCCUUUUUAGAGGGGAAGUGUUUCAUGGAGCUUUUCAAUAAUUAUUGUUAUAGAAUAAAUUUAAAUGGUUAAGUAUUUUUAUUUAAAAUAUUAUGACAGCACACCUUUAUUCUUAAAAUAAACAGGUUUUUAUCCUUGUCCCUGCUGUUUUAAUUCACUGUCCUUGGUUUCUUGCCCAGAGUUUAUAGCUUAAACUUUACUUAAUGGAU